AUUUAAAAAAUAGAAUAUUAAUAAAUAUUUAAUUAUGUGAGGGAUGAAAAUAAAAAAAUGUUGUUAAGUCUUUACCAGAUGGUAGUGGUCACUGCUGCAUCAGCAUAAUUUAUAAUUGUUUAAUUAAUAAUUGGGAUUUCGAGACUCUGUCCACCAGUUAUUGUCAGAUACGGGCCCUACUUGCGUGAAUUGCCGUGAUCAAUUCUAAUCUUAUCUGUGUAUGUGUUUUUCAAUUACCACCGCUUCUAAAGUAAAUCGAAAAUUUCCAACGUACGUGAAACCGACUCAAACAUAAAAUACAUCCUAGGCACGAAAUUAAAAAAUGAAAUAAAAAAUUAGAAAAUUAAUCAGGGUCUAUAUCGAUCUCACUCACUUAAGGAGGAGGAGGAGGAGGAGGAGAAGAAGUAGCUUGGUGAGCGAUCACGCCAAGCGACUAUACCACAACCGCACAACAAGAUCUUAAAAGAAAAGGCAUAAAAGAAAAGAAAAUGGAGAGCAACGGCGAAGCGGCGGCGACACCGCAUGCGGUGUUUUUACCGUUCCCGGCGCAAGGCCACCUCACGCCGAUGCUGAGGCUCGCGAAGCUCCUCCACGCGCGGGGGAGCUUCCGCAUCACCUUCGUCAACACGGAGUUCAACCACGCCCGGCUCGUCCGGUCGCGCGGGCCGGGCGCCGUCCGGGGCGUGGACGGGUUCCGGUUCGAGACCAUCCCGGACGGCCUGCCCCGGCCGGACCGGGACGGGACGCAGGACGUGCCCCAGCUCUGCGCGUCCGCGCGCCGCACGUGCGGCCCCCUGCUCAGGGAGCUCAUCGCGCGGCUCGGCGCUGCGGGGGACCCGGUGACGUGCGUGGUGGCGGACGGGGCGAUGACGUUCGCGGUGUACCCGGCCGAGGAGAUGGGGAUCCCCGCGCUGAUCUUCUUCACCCCCAGCGCCGGCGGGGUGCUGGGGUACAUGAACUACGCGGAGCUCGUGAGAAGGGGCUACGUUCCUCUGAAAGAAAAGAGCUACUUAACCAACGGAUACCUCGACACUCCCCUGGACUGGAUCAAGGGGUUCAAGAACGUCCGCCUCCGCGACAUUUCGUCCUUCAUCCGAACCACCGAUCCCGACGACAUCAUGCUCAGCAUCAACAAGGAUCAAUUGGAGGAUGAUGCCCCCUGCGCGUUCGGAAUCAUCCUUAACACGUUCGACGCCCUCGAGCACGAUGUCCUCACCGCCAUUCGUUCCAGGCUCCCCAACCUCUACGUCAUCGGUCCGAUCUCCCCUCUGUCUCAUCGUAUCCCACCGACGGCCCCUUCUUCCUCCAUCGGCUCCAACCUUUGGAAAGAAGAUACCAACUGCGUAAAAUGGCUAAACACACAGGUUGCAGGAUCGGUGGUGUACGUGAACUUCGGUAGCAUCACUGUCAUGACAAGGGACCAGCUAGUAGAGUUCGCAUGGGGACUAGAAUCCAGCAAGUCGCCGUUCCUAUGGGUGGUGCGACCUGAUCUCGUCGACGAUGAUACGGCAGGGUUGCCGGAAGAGUUCGUGAGGGACAUAGAAGGAAGGGGUUUGUUGGUUGAGUGGUGCAACCAAGAGCAGGUGCUGGCCCAUCCGGCGGUUGGUGGUUUUCUCAGCCACUGCGGGUGGAACUCCACGCUGGAGAGCAUAUACGAGGGGGUGCCGAUGAUAUGUUGGCCCUUCUUCUCGGAGCAGCCGACGAAUUGUCGGUACUUGUGCACGGAGUGGGGGAUGGGGAUGGAGAUUGGGAGUGAUGUGAAGAGAGGGGAGGUGGAGAGAAUGGUGAGGGAGUUGAUGUGUGGGGAGAAGGGCAGGGAGAUGAGGGAGAAGGCCAAGGAGUGGAAGUUAAAGGCUAGAGAAGCAAUUGAGCCAAAUGGGCCUUCUUUUGUAGAUCUUGAGAGGUUGGUGGAGGACUUGGCCUCUUUCAGCAAGAGCAAGAGGCAGUGAACGUUGUUUUUCAUAUUGCUUGACUUUUAAAAUUUGUAUUUAGCAUGUAAUUUUAAUGUGGGGGAUUAAAAACCAUUACAAUGUCCUCUGAUGCUUAGUUA